AUGGCGCUAGUAGAUGCCGACUACAAAUUCUUGUGGAUAGAUGUUGGAGGAGACGGCUACAUGUCUGAUGCCAUGAUCUACAAUAACUCAGAACUUCGGGAGUGCCUCUCAAAUGGGUCAAUAGGUUUCCCCCCACCUGAACCCCUACCACAUGAUGACCAGGACAUGCCAUAUUUCCUCCUGUGUGACGAUACAUUUGGUCUUCGGACAUACAUGAUGAAGCCAUUUGCAGCGAGGAACCUGACAAAAGAACAGAGAAUAUACAACUACCGCAUUUCCCGUGGACGAAGAGUAGUUGAGAAUGCCUUUGGUAUUCUAUCCCAGCGUUGGCAAGUUUUGUUAGGGACUAUGCAGCAGCAACCAGAGACCGCACGACUGAUUGUUGAAGCCUGUGUCGGCCUCCACAAUCUGAUGAGGAUGAAUUAUCCAACCCUGAACAUAGCCGCCCUUGACCACGAAGAUGCAAAUCAUGACAUUAUCCCUGGUUUGUGGCGCAGCGACGCGAGUAUGCUGGACGUGGAACGAUGUGGAGGAACAAACAAGGACGCCGUUGCAACGUGA